UAUGCUCUCUGUGUAAUCUGAAAGUCAAAGAAGAUAUUUUUCAUUUGAUUUCAGUGUGCCCCAUUCUGAUUGAAUUUAGAAUAAAAUAUUUUAAUAAAACAAAAUUAGAUUUGUUAGAGUUUAAAAAUUAUUUGAAUAGUAAAAAGUGAAAUAAACUUGUUAGUUAUUGCAGAUUAGCCUGACAUUGCAGGUAUCAAUUUAUAAAGGAAUUCAAUUAUUAGUCACCAUGUUAAAUUUGAAUAUAGAGUAACUAUUUAAUUUUUUUUUAUAUCACCCUAACAUGUUUUUAUUAUUUAUUUUUGUCAGAUGGUUGUGUUUAUUAUUUACAAGAUGUAAUUUGUUUAUUUAUAAUUUUAUGUUUUUAAAUUUGUGCUUUAGUAGACUCGUCUUUGACGGUUAUUAAAAAUACUAUGUAGUGUGCCUUAAGCUUUUAGUUCCAAUGUACAUAUGUAAUUUUUUUAAUGAAAAAAGUUAUCCUUAUUACUAUAGAAUCAAGAGAAGUCGACCACAUUUUACAGUGACAGUUAUAUUACUGGUGGUCAUGAUUCAGAAAAGACCUACUGUAGAAUCAGCAGAUUUCAGAAAUGAGAUGAAUAUUAAACAAGAUUGGAUGAAGGUUAUAAGAGAAGGCCAUGUUCUUGCAGGAACAUAGCACCAAUAAUAAAAAAUAUAUAUUUCAUUAGUUAUCAAUCCAACUUAAUGUUAUAUUCAUGUGUUUAUGCCUUCAGAGAUUCUGGCAAUCUUUAUUAUUAUUAUUUGAAUCAAUGAAAUGUUUAGGAUUUAAGAAUAUUAAAGGAAUCAAUUAAUUCAA